UACUUCAGUUUAAGUUGUGCUGUGGAAUGAAAUGGCGACCACGAACAGUCUCGACGAUAUUUUGUCAACAGAAAUCGACGAGAAUGCUGUUAAUGCUUUAGUUGGGUCUUUGGAGUCACAGCUAGCCUCCACAACACAUAAGGACACUGCACAUUCUAUUUCUGAUGCUUCUAUGAACAAUAAUCAUAUAAGCAAUGCUAAUGCUCCGGUAGCAUGUACUUCAACUGUGUAUUUACAUAGCAUCCCAACACCAGCUUCGAAGAAUAUGACAAUUCAAAAUAAUGUAGCAUUAAAUAAUGCAAACAUAUCUCAUCUAAAAGUAUCUCACACUGAUUCUCAGUUACUAGGUUUAAAUUCUAUUGUGUCAAAUGUAAAUUCCAUUUCUAGUGAAGGAGGUGGUUUAUCAGUUAAUGCCAAUAAUAUCAAUAGGAACUCGCCAGUGCCUGUGAAUCAUGUAAGAAUUGUUUCUCAAUCACCAACCAUUACAAACUCGCGGAAUUCACCCUCACCAUCAGUUCAAGGACAACUUAACAGUGUCAGUGUCGCAAAUGUACGCUCAUCAACGCCAAAUCAAGUUGUGAUAAACAAUGGACAAAAUAUACCAAAUGUGAAUUCUGCAAAUAGUGCUAAUUUUAAUGCAAGUGAUCAUAAACCUGUUAUAAGGUCUACACACAACAGUCCAUUAAACCAAAUUUCUAGUCAGGAUGUGAAGCCUGGACCAACUCAAAUAGUGAAUAUCAAACACGAACGUGUUGGAUCCCCCCAGACAGGGGUGUUAGGUGUGAAACAGGAGACAGGUUCUCCAAGCUCAGGAUUCGGUGUUAAGCAGGAGCACCAUUUAGCAAUACAACCUGUGCCUGGUGCACCACACAAUGUGCCUCAACCAAACGUUCAGUUAGUGCAGGGAAAAGGACCAGUUGUUACAGGAAAUCCAAGUGUGAUUACAGUUAGGACACCUGGACAAACUCAUCCAUCUCAAGUUGUUAUGCAACCUCAAAUUAUUACAACACAAUCUUCUAGUUCACAGAUGCAUGUUGUGUCUGUGAGCGGGUGCACUGUUGCCACACGUCCAACAGGAACAGUUCAAAUGACCCAAGGCAAAAAUAUUAAUCCGCGAAUGACAACAGCAGCUUUUAGACCUCAGCAAAUUAGCAUUGCACCAAGGCCGGGAACAACGCAAAACACGAUUGCGCUGCCCCCUGGUGUUCAGAUACCUCCUGGAGCUCAGAUUGUACGGAAUGAGCAAGGACAGCUAGUGUUUGUCAUCCAGCAACCUCCAGCAACCAGUGCAACGGGGCACCGCAUGUAUGUUAGGCCUUCAAGUUCUCCUGGCCCUGUUCGCCCUCAACAGAUAGUGACAAUUCAGCCCCCCAACUCGGCCAUCGCGCAGCAGGGAAUCCCCCGACAGGUCCACCUCAGUACUGUCUCUACAGCUACCCCCGUACCCAGCCUGGUCCGCACGGCACCCCCAGGGACCGCCAUCCACACCACCGCGUCAGGUAGGAGGCCAACAAGUGCACCUCAACAGCCCCCUGACAAUGUCAAAAAAUGCAAGAAUUUCCUGUCUACUCUCAUUAAACUGGCUCAGAGUCAACCUCCACAAACUGUCAAAAAUGUCCGAGAGCUGAUCCAGGGCCUCAUUGAUGGAAAAGUGGAACCUCAAACAUUCACAGAGAAGUUGCAAAUAGAACUUCGAUCAUCACCUCAACCAUAUUUAGUGCCAUUCCUUAAGAAAAGUCUGCCAGCUUUGCGCCAAGCAUUAAUCGCCAACACCAUGACAAUAGAUGGUGUAAAGCCACCUCCCCUGGAGGUGCUACAUCCCGUGGCAUCCAUGGCAACUCAAUUCCACCCCCAAGUUCCUCAUCCGUCCAGUCAACAUGCAGCUGCCAGAGGCCAACACAUUAUUGGAAUUCCUAAAACCGUGACAGCAAUCUCGGGGAAAAGUCAGCACCUACCGGGAGUGGCAGGAGGGCCCUCACGGAGUUCUACCCCCCACAAAGAGAAAACCAAAUACGACUCUCUCAAGGACGAUGAUGAUAUUAACGAUGUGGCUACCAUGGGUGGUGUCAAUCUGUCAGAGGAGAGUAAGAACAUUUUGGCCAGUAACGCUGAUUUUAUUGGGACACAGAUUCGUUCUUGUAAAGACGAAGCUUUCCUGCAUCACGGACCUUUACUUAGCAGAAUUACAGCAAUAGCCAAGAAGCAUGGGAUAGAUGACAUUUCAUCUGAUGUUGCUAAUCUGGUCUCACAUGCAACACAAGAACGACUCCGAGAUCUGUUAGAGAAACUUGACACUAUAGCUGAACAUAGGAUAGAAAUAUAUAAGAUGAAUGAAAAGUUUGAGGCUUCAAAUGAUGCCAAAUCUCAGUUAAAGUUUCUCGAGGAACUAGAUAAACUAGAAAAGAAACGCCAUGACGAUCAGGAGUGGGAGAAAAUCAUGAAGGCUGCAAAGAGUCGGUCAAAAAAUGAAGACCCUGAGCAGCAGAAGAUAAAACAAAAAGCCAAAGAGUUACAACAGGCUGAGAUAGAGAGGAUGAGGCAGGAGGAGGCUAACCAGACAGCCCUGGCAGCUAUAGGACCCAGGAAGAAGAGGAAAACUGACUUUGGAGAGAUUAGUGCUACUGGAAGUGGAGGAUUUAAUGUUAGCAAUGGAGGCAGUUCUUCGUCUUCAAAAACACAGACUAGCACAAGGCAGAGAAUCAAAAGGGUGACAUUACGAGACGUUUUGUUCUUGAUGGAGCAGGAGCGCUCGCUGGGCAAAUCAACUCUCUUGUACAAAACAUUCCUCAAGUGACAGGACUCCUGAUUUAGACAGGUUCUAGACUUGAACAGUUGGUUGUUCAGCAUUUCUGUGGUGAAGUGUGUGAUGUAAUUCUGUAAACCCCAGCCACAUAUAUUUGUCCAAGUCUCCUCUAAUCUUGGAUAGACAGAAGUGUCAGAAAACUUCAAAUAUGUUGGUGACUGUGACAAAUACAGCUGAGAGAGAAAGAGAGAAGAGCUCUGCGCCCAAGAGGACAGGACUCCGUGAAAGACAGGAUCUGAGAAGGAAGUUUUCAUCAGUACGGGCGGAAUUUUUUUUUUUAGCUGUGGUACUUAUCGUAAAUGAAAACAACACAAGACAAGAAUUUCCUUGAGGGAAUGAUUUAAAGUGCUAGUGUAUGUUUGUGUUUAUAAGAAUGUGUGGACUGAUGGAUGGUAGACAAUUCUAGUAUUAUCUGUAUUAGUAUAAAAGAUCUGCUGAGUUUCAUUCACAUAUCCCAAGCUUUCCAUUCUUAAAAACCAGCAAGCUAAUACUCAUUUGUUAAAUGCAGUGUAAAUGGACAUGAUUUCAGAAGUGAAAUAUUUCUUAAUGAGACAAAUCUUUGUGUAGAUGCACAUUCAGUGUUCAGAUUUGUUCAGUGUUAAGGGUUUAUGAUUUGGAUUUAUUAGCCUUGUAUUUUAUGAUACAAUAUCCACACCAGAAUUUAAUGCAUAAAACUUGGCAAGAGCAUGUACAUAAUAAGUAUGGUAAAAAAAAUUAUUGUAAUGUUAAAAAUUCCAUGAGGAUGAUUUGUUUAUUAACCCUUUGUGUAAAAUGAAGAUGUCGCACAAUUCUUGAUAUAUUUUUUUUGUUUGGAAAGUAUUGUUGUGGUAAUUAUCUUGAUUUUGAACAAUACAUGUUGCUAAGCAAAUCAUCUACGAUGUAGGAUGAGAUUGCGGAUUAUAAACAUUCUACUUUUU